CUCCGCGGGGCUGAGUCAGCCCCCCCGGAGCUGCAGCCCCUGCCGCGCAUUUGUCUGAGCCCUGCAAAGAUCAAAAGAGGGCGACGCCGCAGAAGCAGCUCGGGGCGUGACGUCAGGAUUCCGAGGCUCGUGCGGGGCUCCCUCAGAAGUCCGGCCCGCGCCGCCGGAGGGGGCGGGGCGGAGCGGGGCGCUGCAGCCUUUUCCCCAGGAGCUGGACUGCAGCCCCCCUCGUUCGCAGCCCGCGUGUUGGGAGCCCCUUUCAGAGCAGGAGGGGAGCCUAAAUCCACCAAGAGGCAUUUUCAUCCCCAGCUGGAUCCCAAACUCCGAGGAAGGAUCCAGGAGCAGGAACGGAGGAAGGACAGACGUGUCCGCCAUGAAGGCAUUGCGUUUCCCCAAGGUUUGAUGGCGUUCUUUCCCAGGUCUCCGAUGGAGCAAAGUCCUGCCCUCCAGAACAUAGGUCAGGAGUGCCAAGUUCAAAGACAGAAGGCUCAAGAGGAAGAGGAGAAGGCAAUUCCCAGCUCAGAUAGUUCUCGACAACUAGGCAUAUGCAAGAAAUUUUUAAGCAAAUCAGUUUUCCAUACUCUGAAGGAGGAAGAGAAUUUGAAAAACGGACUACAAUUCGAAAGACAGGUGAGAGAAAAUGUGAUUCAGCCCCUUCUUUACGGAGCAGGCAAUAAAAACAAGGCAGAUGAUUGCAAAAGGCGACUUGUGUGCAGCCGAUGUGGGAAAAGCUUCAGUAACAGCUCCAACCUUAUUGCUCAUGAGAGAAUCCACACUGGAGAAAAACCGUAUAAGUGCCAUUGUUGCGGGAAAAGCUUUGGUAAGAAAUCGACUCUUGUUACGCAUCAGAGAAUUCACACAGAGGAGAAACCGUACGAAUGCUGUGUGUGCGGGAGAAGUUUCAGCCAGACCUCAAGCCGCAUUGCCCAUGAGCGGAUCCACACAGAAGAAAAACCCUACGCCUGCCCGGAGUGCGGGAGGACCUUCAGUUUGAAAUCUAGCUUGGUUGCCCACAAGAGAAUCCAUACAGGAGAAAAGCCCUACAGGUGUGCUGAGUGUGGGAAAAGUUUCAGCCAGAAAUCAGCCCUGAUUGCACAUGGGCGAACCCACAAAGGAGAGAAACCCUACACUUGCUCAGUGUGCGGGAAAAGUUUCAGCCAGAGCUCCAACCUCAUUGCCCACGAACGAAUCCACACUGGGGAGAAACCCUAUCACUGUGCCCACUGCGGGAGAAAUUUCACCUGCAGCUCCAGCCUCAUUCGGCAUCAAAGGAUCCACACGGAAGACAAACCAUACAGUUGUGCUGCCUGCGGGAAAUCCUUCAGCUGCAGUUCGAGCCUCAGCAGACACCAGCGGACACACACGGGGGAGAAACCCUAUGAAUGCCCUGAUUGUGGCAAAACCUUCAGUGUGAGCUCACAACUCAGUGUGCAUCAGAGGACCCAUACGGGAGAGAAACCAUACGAAUGCUCAGACUGUGGGAAGAACUUCAGUGUGAGAUCAAGCCUUCAUGCCCAUAAGAGAAUGCACACAGGUACGAAGCCUUAUAAAUGUUCUGCCUGUCCCAAAAGGGUUUAUCUGAGGUCUAGUCUCAUGGCCCACCAGAAAUUGCAUGGAGAAAAGCCGUUUGACUGUGUGGACUGUGGCAAGACCUUCGCUUGUAGCUCUGGCCUCAUCCGCCACCAGAGAAUUCACACGGGGGAAAAACCAUACAACUGUGCGGACUGUGGGAAAACUUUCAUCCUGAGCUCCAAUCUUAUUGCACACCAGAGAACUCAUACAGGAGAGAAGCCGUACCAGUGCUCCGAGUGUGGCAAAUUCUUCAGCGUGAGUUCGCAGCUCAACGUACACCAGAGAACCCACACAGGGGAAAAACCGUAUGAGUGUUCCCAUUGCGGCAAGAGCUUCACGUGUAGCUCUGGCCUUAUUAGGCAUCAGAGGACCCACACCGGAGAGAAACCGUAUCAGUGCUCUGAGUGUGGGAAAAGGUUCAAUCUAAGUUCGAAUCUUAUCACCCAUCAGAAAACUCACGCUGGAGGGAAGCCCUAUAAAUGUGUGUACUGCGGAGAAAGUUUCUACACGAGGCCAAAUUUUGUGGAGCAUCAUAAAGCCAGACACUUGGAUGAUCUAAACAUGAAAACGGAUGAAAGCAAAGUUAAUUGCAACUCUAAAUCCAUUAAUUACCAAAUAAACUAUGUAGGAUGGGAUUGAUAAAUUGGUGGGGAUGAGUCUGAAUCCACUGGAAAACUUUACAUGAACCGCUUUGCAACAGAUAUUCUGUUGUUCCACCACAUUGGAUCCUAAGCCUUAUACAGUGGAACCUCGGGUUACGAACGCUUCUGUUAA